AUGAGUAAAUUACGUCGUGAUAUCUCACUUGAGGUAAAGAAAGCAGUGAAGAUGGAACUGGCUUCUGUGAACGAAUCGUUAAAAUCAUGGUGUACAAAAAUGGAUACUAUAAAUGCUACACUGGAAAUCCUAACUGAGAAAGUUAAAGACUUGGAGAAGAAAAACAUGUACUUGACAAAUCAAAAUACCCACCUGGAAUUACAAGUUAAUGCUAUGGAACAACAAAUCAGAAAUAUGGAACAAAAACAGUUGGAUAAUGUAAUGGAAAUGAAAUGA